AUGCGAGAUCUCAUGGUGGAUUUCCUAAUCAUUAAAGUACCAGCGGCCUACAAUGUGAUCAUCGGUCGCCCAUUCAUACAUGACGUGCAGGCGGUAGUCUCCACCUAUCACUUGACAAUGAUAUAUAUGUCGAACCUGGAAAGGCCGGCAAAGAUAAGGGGAAGUCAGUUGGCGGCAAGGUCCUGCUACUUGACUGCUUUGAGAACACCGGGAAGAAUGGUCCCAGAAGUGAACUUGACUACUGAGCCGGCAAGGCAAGAGGUACACUUGACUACUAAGCCGGCAAGACAAGAACAACUGUCAAAAAGGAAGAGCUGCACAAAAAGGGGUCGAACCGACCUGAACAUGGAACACUUUGAUGAAAGGCCGGUAUCAGCACCAAGACCAACGCCAGAUGGUCUGACAGAAAAUAUCGAGCUGGAGGUUGGAGACAUGGAUAGAACAGUCGUGAUCGGUACAGAAAUGGGGAGUGACAUGAAGGUUAACCUCAUAAGCUUGCUGAGGGAGCACGCGGACAUCUUCGCAUUCUCGGCGGAUGAGAUGCCUGGUAUUGAUCCAGAGAUAAUGGUCCACCGGUUAAACGCCGACAGAAAUGUCAGGCCUGUACGGCAGAAAAAACGUAAUUUCUCCAUGGAAAAAAUGACAGCAAUACAAGAAGAGGUGGAUAAACUGCUGGCGGCAGGUUUUAUUGAGUCAUGUGACUACCCUGAAUGGCUGGUAGACUCCACUAGCGGUCAUGCAAUGCUCAGUUUCCUAGAUGCUUUCUCAGGGUAUCAUCAAGUCAGCCUGCAUAAAUCAGACAGGAAGAAGGCGGCCUUUAUCACGGAUUCAGGAGUUUUCUGUUAUAAGGCGAUGCCGUUCGGGUUGAAAAAUGCAGGGGCAACAUAUCAAAGGCUGGUUGACAAGGUGUUUGCCGACCAAAAAGGCAGAAACGUGGAGGUCUAUGUAGAUGACUCUAUCGUAAAAAGCCGGAAGGAGGAGGAUCAUGUUAGCGACCUCCGAGAAACUUUUGAAACUUUGAGAAAAUACAGGAUGAAAUUAAACCCAAAAAAAUGCGUCUUCGGAGUAAGGUCGGGAAAAUUCCUGGGUUUCUUGGUCAGCGAGCGUGGCAUAGACGCUAACCCUGAAAAAGUAGAAGCAAUCAUCAGUCUGCCGCAACCCAAAAGCGUAAAAGACAUACAGCGGUUGACAGGAAAAAUGGCCGCCUUAAACAGAUUUGUGAGCAAGUCGGCAGAUAAGCAAAUGCCCUUCUUCACAACCCUGAGGCAAAACAAGAAGUUCAAAUGGGGGCCGGCAGAGCAAGAGGCUUUUGAAGCUCUAAAAAGUCACUUAAAGAACCUGCCAACAAUAGCAAGGGCAAAAGAGGGCGGCAAAUUACAACUGUACAUAUCGGCGUCGCCAAAAACAGUUGCAGCAGUACUGGUAGCCGAAACAGAAAACAAAGGGCAGCAGCCGGUAUAUUUUGUGAGCCAUGUGCUAAACGGCCCAGAAACAAGGUACACGUUGGUGGAAAAAAUGGCAUAUGCAGUCCUCAUCGCGGCUAGAAAGUUAAGACCAUACUUUGAUGCGCAUACAAUCGAAGUGCUAACAAACUUUCCUCUCGAAAAAGCCAUCAGCAAGCUAGAUACAUCAGGCCGGUUGCUAAAAUGGGCAAUAGAGUUGUCUGAGUUUGACUUGGAAUUCCGGCCAAGAACUGCAAUCAAAGCCCAGGCAUUGGCGGACUUCAUAGUUGAAGCGUCAUACCAAGAAGAUGAAGUACAAGCUGAAGUAUGGGAUGUGUCAGUGGAUGGUUCAGCUGCACAGACAGGCAGUGGGGCUGGAAUAAUCAUGAAAUCGCCAACAGGAGACAUUUUUGAGUAUGCUAUAAAGUUUACGUUCAACGCGUCAAAUAACGAGGCAGAAUACGAGGCAGCAAUUGCCGGCAUCCAAAUGUGCCUCGCAGCAGAUGCCAAAAGAGUAAUACUGACAACAGACUCCCAGCUGGUAGCAAGUCAAUUCAGCGGAGAAUAUGAGGCCAAAGAACCUUCAAUGGUCAAAUACCUGGAGAAGUUGAGGUCGGUGUCGGCUCAGCUAGAGAAAUUCAGCAUUAAUCUGGUACCCCGAGCAGAAAACACACUGGCAGACGCCCUAUCAAAGUUAGCAAGUUCAAAUGUCGCCGGCUUGAAAAGAACAGUCAUGAUGGAAGUCAUGAAUAAGCGAAGUACGGAGUCGGAGGUAAUACGGGUCAUGGCCAUCACAACUACCUCAGAAUGGUACGAUAAUAUCCAAACAUACAUACAGACUGGAGCCCUACCAGCAGAUUUGGCAGAGGCCAAAAAGACAAGAAGGGACUCGGUUUGGUACAUCAUCCUGUGGGGACGGUUGUACAAAAAGUCAUUUAGCCUGCCAUUCUUAAGGUGCCUGACAGCAUUCGAGUCAGCAAGGCUGAUCGAAGAGAUGCACGAAGGAACAUGUGGGAACCAUGCCGGUGGAAAACCCCUUGCCAUCAUCUGUCAAAGGCAAGGCUAUUACUGGCCAACAAUGUUAGAAGAUUGUCGAGCUUAUGUAAAAAAGUGCGAGAAAUGUCAAAAGUUUUCAGCUGUGAUAAACUUGCCGGCCAGUGAUUUGAUGCCCAUUCUGAACCCAAUCCCAUUCGCACAAUGGGGAAAGGAUAUUGUUGGACCAUUCCCAAUGGCGGCUGGAGGGCGCAAGUUCUUAAUAGUAGCAGUGGACUACUUCACCAAGUGGAUAGAAGCAGAGCCGGUAGCAAAAAUAACGGCAAACCAGGUGAAAAGUUCAUAUGGAAAAAUAUAA